GCCAGGGAAGUCCUUCCCCAGAGCCAAGCCACGGGCCCCUGCCGGGAAGCCCGGAGAGAGCCGCCGGCCGCAGAGGGAGACCGGCCCGCCGGCCACGGGGCGCGCGCCCCCCGAGCGCCCGGAGGCUCCUGCAGGUUGGUAGCCAGUCUAGAUCGGCCUUGACGAGAGGGGCUUAUGCUGCCAGUCGGCCUGCACGCCUUCCCCAGGCCUGCUCACCAUCAUCGUUCCAGACUUGUUCACUUCAGGCUUCUGAUGCACUGGCCAAGCCCUUUCCGUUGUCCUGGAGUUGUCUACUUGCACACCGCAGGCCACUCUCCCCGCCAUGGACCGGGUACCCCUGGGAGAUUCUCUCCUCUGCUGGGACCUCCCGAGAGGAGCUGUGAGGCGGCAGCGGGCAGUCUGAGGGGCGCCUCCAUGCGGACUGAGCUCUGUGGAUCGAGCUGGAGUCCCCUGUCCACCUCCAGGAACACCGUUGUGCGGCAGAGAGGAGUGCGUCGGGAUGUGUUCCUUUCUGUUGGGAAGGACGGCUGUGUGUGCCCAGCACCGCAAGUCCCAGAGCUAGGACCCUGGCUCGGGGUGGGGACUCAGGCUGCUUGUCCUCUGGAGCCCUGGACACGGGUGGGAUGCUAUUCCCAGAUACAGCACGUGCUGCACUGAAGUCCUGAGAGGCCUGCCAAGCUCUGGGCCUCUUGAUGGAAGGAGGUCCAAGACGUAACAACUUUCCUCUUACCUGUGAGGUAUCCUGGCAAAGCAGGGCCAACCGUGGAGGACCGAGCAGCCACCAUCAUCCAGUGUGCCUUCCGGAAACUCCUGGCGAGAAAGGAGCUGGCCCGCCGUCAGCAGGAGCACCAGGACUACCAGGAACUGAUGGAGAAGCUGCAGAGGGAGGCCUUCGUGGCCCAGGUUCGGCGUGAGCAGGAGGCGGCCCGGCGACGGCAGGAAGAAGCGGCUGCGGCCGAACGGCGGCGGCAGGAGGAGCGGCUGCGAGGGGCGCGCCUGCUGGAGGCGGCCUUCGACGGGAACCUGGGCGAGAUCCAGGCGGUCCUGCGGGAGGUGGACGAGCUGCUGACCCGCGAGGGCGUGGGCUGCGACGCAGCGGGGAUGGCGCGGCGGCUGCAGUGGCGCUUGGCCCUGGUGGACUUUGAGGACAGCGGCGGGAACACGCCACUGUCCGAGGCGGCGGCGGGCGGGCAGCCCCUGGCCAUCCAGCUGCUGGCUGAACAGGGCGCCAGUCCCAACAGCAAGGGCGCCUUCGGCCGGACCCCACUGUACCGAGCGGCCUUUGGGGGCCACCUGGAAGCCGUGGAGGUGCUUCUGAAGCUCGGAGCUGACCCCCGGGUAUAUGCGGACGACGGGAGCACCCCCGAGCAGGUGGCCUCACUGGACACGGUGGUCAGCGUGCUGCAGUCAUGGGACCUGAGCCUCACAGACGCCAUGCUCCGGAACAUGGAGGCUGAGCGGGAGCGCCGGGCGCAGGAGGCCGCACGGCACAAGGAGGCGGAGGCGCAACGGUGCGGCGAGUGGGAGGCGGGGGGCUGGCCUGGGGCUGCUCUGACCGCCCCCCUCCACCAUAGCAUGAACCUCAAAGUACAGCAGCUGGCCAAGGAGCAGCAGCAAUGUCACCAGCAGCUGCAGCAGGCCUACUGCGAGCUCAACCGGAGGAUCGCGGAGCAUGACAAGUGUGAGCGGAGGGGUGCGGGCCUGGCCGAGCUCACGCUGCAGGCCAUCAAGGAUGCAGAGGAGCAAGUGGACAGGCUCCAGCAGGAGGCCCAGAAGGCAGAGGAGGCGCUGGCCCUGGCCAGGCUGGAGCUUCGGGAGCAGACCCAGGAGGCGGAGGAGGAGGUGCCUGGGCUGAAGUGCCAGGUCAGCGAGCUCCACGACGUGCUGAUGAAGGAUGUGGGUGACCGCAUCCGCGCAGACGGCAGGUGGCCUCUUGUCAUCGACCCUUCGGGCCAGGCGGCCACCUUCCUGCGCUAUCAGGACACCAACUACGUGGACGCCGUGAACCCCGACCACCUGCGGCCAGAGAGGAUCCGGCUGGCGCUGCUGGGGGCGCUCAGGUUCGGGAAGCCGCUGGUGUUUGACCUGCGCGAGGUGGAUCUGUUCCCGGCCGUGCAGCGGCAGCUGGAGGCGGUGCAGCCAGGCCUGGCGCAGGAGCUGCUGGGCCGCCGUCUGCUGGAGCAGGAGAGGUACCUGUCGCUGCUGCGGCCGACUGAUGGGCCCGAGUACGGCCCCAACCAGUUCCAGGAGGCGCGCCUGCAGCACUUCCGCCUCUUCUUCGUCACCAAGGUUCGGUGGCCGCCAGCCGAGCAGCUGCAGGUCCUCCUGCCUGUGCGCGUGCAGCUGCCGGGCGGGGGCCUCUAGUAACCCUCCCCAAUAAAGGGCCCGCCCCCGGG